AUGAGUUCUACUACUACCCAAAACAUCACAACAGCUUUAUCGAAGCUAAACAUUCAAGAACCAACAGUUUACGAAAACUCUCAUCCAGAUGUCAACGUUGUUGAUUUAAUGAGAGACUACAUCACCCAGGAAUUACACAAAAUCUCUGGAAUUGAUGUUUCUUUGAUUUUCCCAGCUUUAGAAUGGACAAACACAUUAUCUAGAGGGGACUUGUUAAUCCCAGUCCCAAGAUUGCGUGUUAAGGGCAAAAAUCCAAAAGAUUUGGCUGUAGAAUGGGCUGAAAAGUUCCCAUUGGGCGAAUUUCUAUCUAAAGUUGAAAGUAAUGGUCCAUUCCUUCAAUUUUUCUUUAAUCCAGAAUUUUUGUUCAAAAUUGUCACUCCAGACAUUUUAAAGAGAAAGGAAGAGUAUGGUGCCGCUAAAUUGGUCGAAAACAAAAAAGUGUUGAUUGAAUUUUCUUCCCCAAAUAUUGCUAAACCUUUCCAUGCAGGCCAUUUACGUUCUACCAUUAUUGGUGGGUUUUUAUCUAAUCUUUAUGAAAAACUAGGCUGGGAUGUUAUUAGAAUGAAUUAUUUGGGUGAUUGGGGCAAACAAUUUGGUUUAUUAGCUGUGGGGUUUGAAAGAUACGGCAGUGAAGAAGCCUUAACUAAAGAUCCGAUCAAUCAUUUGUUUGAAGUUUAUGUUCGUGUUAACAAGGAUAUAGAGGCCGAAGAUGCUUCUUUACCAGAGUCCGAGUCAACCAAUGGUAAAGCCCGUGCCUAUUUCAAGAAAAUGGAAGAUGGCGAUGCUGAUGCCUUAAAGUUAUGGGAAAGAUUCCGUAACUUAUCCAUUAAAAAAUAUAUAAACACCUAUGCUCGUCUAAAUAUUAAAUAUGAUGUGUAUUCUGGUGAAUCUCAAGUUCCAAAGGAAAAGAUGGAAAACGCUCUAGAAAUUUUCAAGGAAAAAGACUUGAUUCAUGAGGACAAAGGUGCUUUAUUAAUUGAUUUGACUAAAUUCAACAAAAAAUUAGGUAAGACCAUUGUUCAAAAAUCUGACGGUACUACUUUGUAUAUAACCAGAGAUGUUGGUGCUGCUAUGGAUCGUCAUGAAAAGUAUAAAUUUGAUAAGAUGAUUUAUGUUAUUGCUGCUCAACAAGAUUUACAUACAGCACAAUUUUUUGAGAUUUUGAAACAAAUGGGGUUUGAAUGGGCCAAAGACUUACAGCACGUUAACUUUGGUAUGGUUCAAGGCAUGUCUACUAGAAAAGGUACCGUUGUAUUCUUAGAUAACAUUUUAGAAGAAACUAAAGAUAAGAUGCAUGAAGUUAUGAAAAAGAAUGAGGAAAAAUAUAAACAAAUUGAAAACCCUGAAGAAGUUGCCGAUUUGGUUGGUAUUUCUGCUGUUAUGAUUCAAGAUAUGCAAUCUAAACGUAUUAAUAAUUAUGAAUUCAAAUGGGAAAGAAUGUUGUCUUUUGAAGGUGAUACUGGCCCAUACUUACAAUAUGCUCAUUCUCGUUUAAGAUCUGUCGAAAGAAAUGCCAGCAAUAUCACUGAACAUGAUAUAGUUAAUGCUGACUAUUCCUUAUUGACCGAAGAAGCUGCUAACACUCUAAUUCGUUUGUUAGCACAAUAUCCAGAUGUUUUGAGAAAUGCUUUGAAGACUCAUGAACCGGCCACUGUUGUUACUUAUUUAUUCAAAUUAACUCACCAGGUAUCUUCUUGUUAUGAUGUUUUAUGGGUUGCUGGUCAGGAAAAACCAUUGGCUACUGCUCGUUUGGCCUUAUACAGUGCUGCUCGUCAAGUAUUAAACAACGGUAUGCGCUUAUUAGGGUUGACUCCGGUUGAUAGAAUGUGA